AUGCAAUAUCGCAAGAAGUCCCUCCUGAUUCAUCCGGAUAAAACGAAGAACCCGGCCGCACCGGACGCCUUUGACCGCCUGAAGAAAGCACAUGCAUCUCUACUCGACGAGAAGGCGCGGACGUAUCUGGACGAAUGCAUUGCAGACGCGCGCCGGCUUCUGAUCCGCGAACACAAGUACACACUCGACUCGCCCGAGCUCAAGACAGAGGAGUUCAAGAAAGAAUGGCGCCAGAAGACGGUCCAGGUGCUGUUGGAGGAAGAGGCGCGACGACGGAGACAAGCCAAGGCGCGACUACAGGAGGAGGGACGGGAACGACGCAAGGAAGAAGAGGAGAUUGAAGCACGGAAGCGAAAACGAGAUCAGGAAAAGGCAUGGGAGGAUACUCGCGAGGAGCGGAUUGGCAGCUGGCGAGACUGGCAGAAGGGACAGAAGAAGGGCGGCGACAAGAAGAAAAAGAAGAUGAAGAAGAUUCUCUCGCUCUUCUCCGCUUCCUGUCAUCAUCUCAUACUUCCUAUACAUCAAUCCUCACUCUUCACCUACUCUCCCCCAUAUCCAAUCUCCCGCAUUGGACCGACAGCCAUGACCGACUCGGUCUCGCCUCCGGAACCCACGACGGCCCUCCCCGAUCAGCCCAAUGGCUCCGCAAAGAUCAUGGCAUCCUGUCCGUCGAUAUUCACCACACAACCCUCCCCACCAACAACGAUAGACAACUCCGACACCUCUCCCGCCUCAUCUACCACCCUCUCCAGCGUCAUCGCCCAAUGCCACUCGCAAAUCCACUCGUUCCUCCGCGAAUCCCAUCCCCCGGACUCCCUCCUCGCCGCCGUGCAACGCCAAACCCGCAUCUCGCUCGACGUCGUCGCAUCCGCCCUAUCGCGCUACCGCCUCGACGAGCUCUCCCUGUCCUACAACGGCGGCAAAGACUGCCUCGUCCUCCUGGUGCUCUUCCUCGCCAGUCUGCACCCGCACCCGCCCCCCGCUGAACACGGCGACGCCGGCGGUGGCCUCGCCUCCAUCCCGGCUAUCUACGCCCUCCCGCCCGACCCGUUCCCCGCCGUCGAGGACUUCGUCCGCUGGUCGGCCCGUGCCUAUCACCUCGACAUCAUCAAGUAUACCACCGAUCCCCCGCGCUCUACCCUCCGCUCCAGCUUUGAGAACUACCUCGCCUUGAACCCCCGCGUCAAGGCCAUCUUUGUCGGCACCCGCCGUACCGAUCCUCACGGCGCCAAGUUGACCCAUUUCGAUCGCACCGACCGCGGCUGGCCCGAUUUCGUCCGCAUUCAUCCCGUCAUCGACUGGCAUUACGCCGAGAUCUGGGCUUUUAUCCGCCAUCUGGGGCUGCGCUAUUGCCCCCUCUACGAUCAGGGGUACACCAGUCUCGGUGGUCAAACCGAUACUCAUCCCAACCCAAAACUGCGUGUUGAGCCUGGAUCUGCCAGUCGCCCCGACGAGGACGAUGCCCCGAACCAGUAUCGUCCGGCGUACGAGCUAACAGAAGAUCUCGAGGAACGCCUCGGGCGCAAUUGA